GAAAUAUAUAAAAGCAAGAGAAUAUAUCAUACACAUCCAUGACAGAUCCUUUUACUUUCCUUAUAGAAAAUCUUCACAAACAUGUCAAGGUCUGUACUGUCAAUGGUGAUGUCAUCGACGGCGAAUUGAUCUGCGUAGAUGAUUUUAAUAACAUUUUAAUUCAGCAUUGGCAGUGUGCGCAACCAGAUGACGCGAGUAAUACUAUCCGUAACAAUAACCGUGACGAAAUUCUUAAACAUUCUGAUGGCAUUCACAUCGGUACGGUCUCUGGAUCUUUUUCGAUAAGGUUUGUACGGGGUGAGCAAAUCAAGCAUAUAGCCCUCAAUGUAACUUAGCUGUUUACAUAGUCAGGUGACUGAAUUGUGCGCUGAGGUGAAAGCGACUUUUAGCAAGCGUAAGGACCUCGUGUUUUUGCUUUCCUUUCGAUCACCAGGUUCACAUAAAAGUGUAUUUGCGAAAAAGGAAAAGCUGCAGUUUAUUAAAAGUGGAUGUGAUAUAUCUUUUUGAGUCGUUUGCUUUUGUCGACUGAAGAUUUCAAACGGCUUAUAUUCUAACUUCACGCUUAGACAUUAUUAUUAUUAUCUAUGAGCAUGUGCUGGAGGAAUCUUCUGGUACCUUGGUUGCGUCGAUAAACAAGUGUAUAUGUGUUUCGUUCAUAUGGUUGCCUUGUUCCACAUUAAGUUACUACCAUCGUAGGCAAUAGUGUAAGUUUAUUUAAGCACCUGCUUUUUGGAAGUUGCUCACAGCUUUCUUCCUUACCUUUCCGAAUAAAAAUAUUAUCCGUUGCUGAGUCAUUGACGAAAAGGUUAAACUAUUAUGUUCAUCA